GAGAGAGAGAGAGAGAAACAGAGAGAUGAUAAUGGAGAAUUGCAGGGAAGAAGUGGUGCUGUCAAAACCGUUGCUGCUGCCAUCAUUCAAGGAGGAGCAACAAAGAAAGUGUGUGGGCAAUGCUUUCAGCAGCAGUUUGAAUGCAAGAGAGAGGAAGCUGGUCUGUGUGACCAGUGGGAAUUCCUAUUUGAGUUCUCACAUAGUCAGGGAGCUUUUGGCUGGUGGUUACCUGGUUCGAGUCACCAUUCAAAAAGAAGCAGUGGAUUUUGGGGUCAUGAACGAGCUGCUUCGGGAUGAAGAGCUGAAUCAGCUAGAGAGUGUUGUAGUAGCAAAGAUGGGAGAUUUAGACAGUCUCUGUGAUGCUUUCAGAGGUUGCCAUGCUGUUUUCCAUACCUCCUCCUUCAUUGAUAUACAUGGGGUCUCUGGUUAUUCGGAGUGGAUGGCGUUUCUUGAGACAGAAGCAGCAAGGAAUGUGAUCGAAGCUUGUUGCAGGGCAGCAUAUGUGAAAAGAUGUGUCUUUACUUCUUCUUUACUUGCUUCCAUCUGGACAGAUGAUGACAGAACUGGAAUCAUUGAUGAAAGUUGUUGGAGUGACGAGGAAUUCUGCAGAGACAGAAAGCUUUGGCUUGCUAUGGGUAAGACAGCAGCAGAGAAGGUUGCUUGGAGUAAGUCACAGGAAAUGAAAGUGAAGCUUGUUACAGUGUGCCCCGGGCUUCUCAUGGCCCCAUCAUUCCCAAAUGCCCAUACUGAAACCUCUGUACCAUAUCUUAAAGGUGGGCGGAUGAUGCUACAACGAGGUGUCUUGGCAACCAAUGAUAUAAGCAAGGUGGCAAAGGCCCACGUCCAUGUUUAUGAAGAAAUGGAUUAUGGAGCAUGUGGGCGAUACUUCUGCUUUGAAAGAGUGGUCAGACGAUUGGAUGAGGCCAUCCAACUUGAAAACAAUUUGAAGAUGCAUGGUCAGCUGUCUGGAGGAGGCAAUUUGCCAUCUUCAACACAAGAAACUGAUGGAGAAAUACAAAUCAGCCUUAGCAACUCAAAGCUUGCCAAAUUAAUGUUGCGGGUUUCUCAACGCUCAUCUUGUAAGCAAAGCAGCCUCAUUGCAGCAUGAUGUAAAGGAACGGCACGUCGAAAAAAAACGCCAAUCAACAACGAGACUCAACCUUAUCAUCUUCAUAUUGUAAACAGUUGCCCUAUUUGAAAAUCAACCUCCAUGGUAGGCUUCCCAAGUGUGGCAAGAGCUCUGCAGAUACUGGUUCCCCAUCAAAGAGCAGUGGAACUUACAAGAGUGUAACCCGGCUAUAAUACCUUAUGUGUCCUACAUAUGAGAGAAAUGAACCUCUGUGACAGACCUUGAUUUUCUUAGGGGAAUCUCUUUUCAUUGUACAAAAGUUAUUCCCAAUGUUGGUAACAACUAUUGAAUUCAGAAGAGAAAAAUCCCAAGGUGAAUGUAAGGAUUCAUCUCCUUCUGAUAACUCAGGCUCAUGCAUCAAUGCUUGUCAGUGACUCUGAAGUUCAACCAUUUUCUUUUUAAAAACUUUUAUAUUUGUUA